CAGCCGCAGCCAUGGCCUCGGACAUCACCCCAGAGGCCAUCGGCUUCCUGUCGGCAGUGGGCGUCUUCAUCGUGGCGUUGGCCGUCCUCUUCCUCUUCAUCAACAAGAAGCUGUGUUUCUCACGUGUCGGCGGACUGCCCUGCCUGGAGCAACGUGGCCGCCGGAGGAAAGGACGAGUGGGGGUCCGCCAGGGGCUCGUGAACAGCUACGGUGACGACGAAGACGACGAUGGCGUCAGCUCCUCCGACAGUGAAGACGAGGUCCUGAAACAGUUCGAGAUCUCUGUGUCGCGUUCGCAGAGUUUUUGCGCCGCAGCAGCGAACGGGGGUGAACAGCGGCCCCAGCAGACCCAGCUAGCGUUGGGUCGACGCCACAAAUUCACCCGCCUGUCGGACCAGGAGGAGGGCAGCACAGAGCCGUCAGACUGUGAAGAAAUGGAGGCCCAGAGCCGGCAGGGUUUCCGGGACCCGCUCUCGGCGGCGUUAGAAGAAAGCGAGAGGGCGUCUGCUCGCUCUCUGGAGAAACCCACCGGGGUCGAGGCAUCCGGCGCCAGGGACAGUCCCGCCCCGAGUAUGAACCGGCAGGCCGCAGACGGCAGCGAGGACACGGAGAAGGCCACGUAUCACGGCAAAAUUGACGCCACAGACAGCUCCUCCACCGGGAACCCUGAGCAAGAUCAGCCUCCCCAAGAUGAGGUCUCGUCACAGCCGGUCAGCUCCUCCCCUCGAUCCCCCAUCUCCAAGUGUGGAGACCUGGUCCUCUCUGUAGAGUACCGUCCCGAUACGGAGAAGCUGCUUGUCUCCCUGAUCGCGGCCCGGGACAUACCCGACAAGGCUCGCACCGGGAUGGACUCCUGGCAGGUGCACAUGGUCCUGCUUCCCUCCAAAAAACAACGGCACAAGACGUCGGUGCAGAAAGGCUCGCUGCCGCACUUCAACGAGACGUUUCGCUUCUCCCGCCUGGAGCCGUCGGACCUGCAGAUGUCGGCCAUCAGGUUCCGGCUGUACGCACUCGGAGGCAGGAUGUCCCGUGAGCGGAUGAUCGGGGAGAAGGUGCUGCGUUUAGGAGGGCUCAACCAUGACGGAGGGAUCAUGGAGACGACGCUGGUUCUGGAGCCUCGCAGUAACCUCAAGAGCGUGGACUCCCAGCUGAGUCUGUCCGCUGUGUCCCAGAGCGACAGCUCGUCCACUCAGUCACUGACCCACGGCGGUGUCCCUGAGCUGCUGGUGGGUCUCGCCUAUAACGCCACAACAGGACGCAUGUCUGUGGAGCUCAUCAAGGGCAGCCACUUCAGAAACCUGGCCAUCAACAGACCACCAGACACCUAUGGGCGGCUGACUCUGCUGAACUCGGUCGGUCAAGAGAUCUCACGGUGUAAGACAUCAGUGCGUCGCGGCCAGCCCAACCCCGUCUACAAGGAGACCUUCGUCUUUCAGGUGGCGUUGUUCCAGCUGUCGGACGUCACCCUGCUGGUCUCCAUCUACAACCGGCGCAGCAUGAAGCGCAAAGAGAUGGUGGGCUGGGUCGCCUUGGGUCAGAAUAGCAGCGGCGAGGAGGAGCAGCUCCACUGGCAGGACAUGAAGGAGAGUCGAGGACAGCAGGUCUGCCGCUGGCACGUCCUGCUGGAGGCGUAACGCUGCCUGCCGCACAGGAUUGAAUUUCUUUUUAAGGUUGAAGGGAGUUUAUUCUUCAUUUAGAAAGUUGGAAAGUAUUGAGAAAAAGAAAAAGACAUCCCUGAGUUUAUUUGCAGAUAGGUAGAUGCAUGUGUUGUCAAAGUCGACGGAUUCAGCACAAUAUCCACUAUCGUCACAUCUGUCCAAAGCUGGGAAGACAUCAAACCUGGCUGGUUAUUGUUUAAACAUAAAGAACAAAUUCAUCUGCUCUUGGAGGCUGAUGAAACUUCAAAAUAAUA